UUGACUUGGUGUUUCAGGUCUCCAUGGACGAACACCUACGAUCCUCCAGCGGAGGAUGCUCAGUUGCCAUCGGAAAAGUUGAGAAAAUUAGAAAUCGAAGCUAAUGCCGCCUUUGAAAGCUAUAGGGAUAUGUAUUUUGAAGGAGGUAUAUCUUCUGUUUACUUCUGGGAUCUGGAUCACGGGUUUGCCGGAGUAGUCCUCAUCAAGAAGAACGGAGACGGUUCAAAAGCUAUUCAAGGAUGUUGGGAUUCUAUCCAUGUUAUCGAGAUUAACGAAAGAUCUUCGCGCCAAGUUCAUUAUAAGCUGACGAGUACGAUCAUGCUUUGGUUGCAAACAAAUAAACCAGGAAGUGGUAUGAUGAAUCUUGGAGGAUCACUAACAAGACAGGCUGAUCAAGACUCUCCGGUCAACGACCAAAAUACUCAUCUCGUCAACAUAGGAAGAAUGAUCGAGGUGAUCGGUGAUCUGCGUUCCGUUGACACUUCCAUGGAGAAGGAAAAGCAGGAAGAAAUCGUUCGUGAGAUUCGCACCGCUGUGGCGGGUCGUAAUAAUGCUGCAUAA